UGUGGCCAGCUCAUUAUGCAUCCUGCACUGUACACACGCAAUACAAUGAAGUGUACUCAGUGAGUGUACGGAAGCUAGCAGUUUCAUCGCAGUGUACGUGCUCAUUUCCCCAGGAGUGCCCCGCUAGAACCGCCUACGUGUCCGCUGUGUGUGAAAAAUCAGCCGAGCAGCAGCAAAUCAAUUUCCUAUUUCAUUUGGUUUGCCACAGGAAGCAUCAUCAUGGCGGCUCUUCACUGGCUAGAUCUUCUCGAAAAGGAAUUCGACAAAUCUUUUGUAGAUCUGGAUUUGGUGCUAGGAGAGGUAGAUCCUGAGCAAUGUGAUCUGACUUAUGAAGGAAGAGCCAAAAUGACUUCGAUGAGCUCGGCAUUCGCUCAACUGUGUCACAAAGCUCAGACUAUUUUCCAGAAUAACGCAAAAUUGGAGGCACACAUUCUAAACAUGAGAGCUGACCUAUGCGACUCCAAAGCAAGCAAAACGAUCAUGGAGAAGGAAUUACACAACCAGCUCCUUCAGCUCCAUGCGGUCCAGCUCCAACUCCAUUCUAACAUGGGCCAGAAUGUCGACUCAGAGGCUAUCAAGAAGAAACUGGAAAGUGAGAUGGUAACCUUCCAGACAGACUCCUUCAAGCAGGUCAGGCUGGAAGCUGAGGUGGAUGUGAUGAGGAAGGAGAAUGCUGAGCUCCGGCAGCAUAUCCUGGGGCUCCAGGGGGAGGUGUAUGGAGCCAGGCUUGCAGCCAAGUACCUGGACAAGGAGCUAGCUGGCAGGAUCCAACAGAUUCAGCUCCUUGGUCGCGACCUUCGAGGACCAGAGCACGAUAAGCUGUGGAAUCAACUAGAGGCAGAGAUCCACCUUCACAGACACAAGACAGUCAUCCGGGCCUGUAGAGGGCGCCGUGCAACCAGGAGGCAUGUCCCGCAGCCAGAGGGUCAUGAUACUGCUAUUAACAACAGAGGAGUUGGUGAUAUAAGGACGGUAACAUUGGUGAAAGAACCAGAGGAAGGCCUAGGAAUGUCCAUAACAGGCGGUAAGGAACACGGUGUUCCCAUCCUGAUCUCUGAGAUACAUCCCAAUCUCCCUGCCGACCGUUGCCAAGAGCUCUACGUGGGUGAUGCCAUCCUCUCGGUCAACGGCAUCAAUCUCCUUGACAUGAAGCAUGCUGAUGCUGUGGAGAUACUCUCACAGCAGGAUGGUGAGAUCAAGCUGAAGGUCCAGUUUGUAGCUCCAGACUCUGACAGUGACGAUGAUGAGGAGGAGGAUGAGGAAGAUGAUGAGGAGUAUGAAGACGAGGAGGAAGCUUUCAUGGAAAAUGGGUACAGUAGAUACAGAUCAGCUUCAGAGGAGACGUUACCGAACGGACAGGAAGAGAAGCGUCCUCUACGGCAAGGCGCAGUCAACAAAACACCGCAGAGGACACCAUCAAGUUCAUCUCAAUCAGGGCCCAGGCAGGAUGCAAGCACCAAUACCUCCACUACAUCCACAGUAGCGACAAGUCCACCAACCCCUGAGCAACAGCAGGAUAAUGUCCAACAAGCUCCAAUUUCAUCUCCACGAAAGCAGCCUCAGGUAUCGAGUUCUGCACCAGCAACUCCUGAAGAGCAAGCAAAGGACAUUUUGGUUACCCCACAAAAACAGGCAGAGGCAUCCUUACCACCAACUCCUGCAGCAAGCGCUCCAGCAGCUUCACAAGAGGCAGAGAGCAAGACGUCCAGCGAGGCGGAGCAGCAAGCGGAACAGGCAAAGAGCCCAGAGGCAUCACCUGCAAUGUCUGCAGGGUCUGCAACAAGUGGCACUUCGGAGGGUCAAAAGACACCAUCGACCAGUCCCUCUAAAGAUGACUCGGCCAAGUCUACUGGGACCAUCAAUUCACCCAUGAUGAACGUUGGUACCAUGGCUGCACAUGCCAUCCAGUCAUAUAGCGGAUACAGCGAGGAGGACGCAAGUGACCAUGUCUUCUCUGGCUAAAUUCUGCAAGACAGAUGGUAGAGGACGAACGGUAGAGGACAAACACAUAAAGAUGCGAUUUAGACAGAGCUUUCAUGUAUCGCUCGAGUUGAUAUAACCAGAAAGGCAUUCCAUCUGUGUACACUGCAAGGUCUUAUUGUCAAACACACGUUAGCAUCUGGAAUCUAGAUCAGAUGGACCAGGCUCAACUAAAUUGACCUGCUGAGAACUUGGGAAAGGACAGCGGUGUUACAGAUUUUCUCUGUGAUGCUAUGGUAGGAGUUCAUGUACCAUUCAAAGAGUUGUGGUGUUCCACCCUUUGUGUAAUUGUGUGACAUGGUAUCUGUGUACUAUCUGAGAGACUUUGAAAUGAAGUUGGAUAUGAAUCAUUUUAAUGAAAAGAUUAUUACUCUAAAAAUAUGUGUCAUGUUCUAGAACCUGUUUCCAAAUUAAGUGUUCGUGAAGUAAUAACCUGAGAUAUAUGCUCCUAUAGAAGUACAUGAUUAAGAGACGGAUAAUUUCCUUCUGCAAAGUUUGUAUGAUAACUUUAUUAAUACAAACAAAUAUUGUUAGAAAGGUCAUUAUGAAGGGUUAUCUCUACUGCCCAAACAUGAUGGAUAUCUAGGAUAUUUCAACACAUUCAUGAUAAGUCUGCUUCAUUUCUAUACAUUUACACCAGAGAUGACAGUUUGUUUUAGAGACAGGAAUAAUUAGCUGUGCUUUCAUUGAUGUAUCUAAAUGUUAAUGCUGGUGGUGUAGAUGUAGAAACUCAUCAAUAUUUUCAUGUAUUCUGGAAAUUAUACAAUGAUAAAUGGCAACUCAGAGUGUAGUUACCCCUUCGUUAAAUUCACAAAGGUUAUUUACUCUUCAAGCAUCGGUAAUACCUAUAAUUAUCACUUAAAAGGUACUGUGUCCCAUUUGCAGGUCAAAA